UCUUCCUCUGGAUGCUCUCUGGUUUAUUAGUAUUUUUGCUAAAAUAUGGUGUUGGGAGCUGAAUGUUAGAUUCCAGAUGUUCUCUAACUGAAAAGAAGAUUAUAGGGUUAUUGAUAUUAAUUUUUCUGAAUUGCAGAAAGCAAUUUAAUUAGCUUCAUUCACUCUCAUGUUGCACUGGUGACCCAUCUCUUCAAUGUUGACUGGAACUGCCAAAUCUUGUUUAUGAAAACUGUUUUUAUGAUGCCUUCUUAUUUUUGUAAAGCUAAUUUUUCGACAAUUCAAAUGUAGGGCCAUUCAAUAAUCUUUGUUAAAUGCUAUCUAAUUAAUUCAGUCUAUUUUCCUAUCUUGUAGAUAUAUGCUUGGAUCUUAUACAUCACUGAGGCUCCUUAUCAGAGACAUGAGUCCAAAAUGACAUUAACCGUUACAUUAAUGACUUCUUGACAUCUAGUUAAGUAGUCGUUCUGAACUGACCCAGCUAUACUAUUGACUUGUCCACAUUACUUCAUCUUGUCAAUUGUGACUGCAUGAGAAAUCUUGUCAAAUGAUUUACAUUAAAACUAUGUCUAUCCAAUGAUUUUAUCUUAAAGUCCAAUAACCCUGUGAAAAUGGAUAUGAAUUAGUCUGUAAAUCAUGAUGGCUAUAAAUAAUUGUCAUGUUUACUUCUAGAUGCAGACUAGUCAUUUAAUUAAUUAUAUAUUCUAAAUCUUGACCUGUUCACCAGCUUAUAUUCUGAAGACAGCAUUCUAUUGCCAUAAAAAAAAUCAGAUCAACACUCUUCAGGUGUGACAUAUUUCUUAUUUUUUAUGAUUUUUCAAAAAUCACUGACAGUAACUCUGUGAUCAAAAUUGCCAAUUCUUUCAAUAACAUGAGAUUCUGUCACAAAGAUUAGUGAUAUGCACCGAUCGUUUACAUUUAAAUGUUUUUAAUGAUUUUCUACUUAUCUUCAAUUUUUAUUUCCUAUUGCUUAUUUUUUCAAACUGCCUUUUCUAAUCCAAAGUUAUUGUUGUUGGUAGAGAAAAUUGAAGCAAAAUGAGGCUUGCUUUUUUGAAAUUGUGUGUUAUCAUUGCCAAGUCUAUUGUGAGAAAGACUAUCCUUUUUUUUUUUUUUUUACUAUUUCUUUUUCUUCCACAAUAGAGUAAACAGUUUUUAGGUUGUCCUUCAUAUUCUGCCAAAACUAUUUUAGAAGACAUCUAAUAAUCACUUGAAAAUGAAGGACUGUUACUCAGGAGAGUCAUAAUAGGUAGAUUGUAGAUUUGGGAAGCAAAUGCAUUCAGAUAAUUGAAUCUAUAGGAAAAAUUUCAAAAUAUAGACUAAAGAGGCAAGACAACAGAUGUCCAGUGGAUUCAGAAAAUUUGUACCUUAAGAUAUUUCCUUCAGCACUGCCUCUUUUUUCUCUUAUUUUCUUUAGUGUUUAAAGAUAUAUGCGUUUCCUGUACACACACUUUUAAAUGAUUGAAUUCAUUGUUCUUACUGAUUAAAACUAAUUUAUCAUUAAUAUCUUUGAAAAUUAGAUAGAGAAAGGUGAAAUGUUUUCUCUCUAUUCUCACUUUGCUUAAAACACUUUGAAUCAUUCCUACUUCCCUACCAUAUUCUAUCAUAUACCACAUAUGUUGGAGAUUUAUUAUUAUUUUAAGCUCUUUGGAUGGACAGAUUACUUACUCACCUAUUUUGGAAUUAUGUGAGUCUAGCACCGUCUUUGCACGUAACACUAACAAGUUUAUGGAUUUGAGUUUUUCUAAGGAAAUACUCCAUUACUUUUACGUCGGGAAAUAGAAAACACUGAAAAAGGAUAGUAUUGCUUUCUGAAGUCGUGAGAAUAGUGACCUUAUGCUACAGCAGAAGCUCAAUUAUGGGGAAGUAGAAAGUAGGUAUAAAUUUCUAAUGCAAAUACCAUAAUGGGAAUUACUGAAUUGAGUCUAUGUACCACUUAGUAUCGACCACAUGAUGUCGCUGCCUACCACGAAAUGGUCUCACAAAAGGCCAAACACAUUAAACAUCAGAAAAGAUCUAUUCAUUUGGGGAUGCUGAAUGAUGGCGGAUGCAGUAGAAUGGGUUUGAAAGAAUCAGAGAGCAGUAUUUAUCUUUAUUCUCUAAAGAUGAUUAAUUUCUUAGAACAGUUCCAUGGAGGAUUUGCGAUGCUUUUUUCCUGGGAAGGUAUCCUGGGGAGUCGGCACCUGUUAUUUUCAUUUAUGCUUUAUACAGCCUGCGGGGUGGGGAGCGGCCAGAUCCAUUAUUCGGUGCCAGAGGAAGCGAAACACGGUACGUUUGUGGGGCGAAUCACGCAGGAUUUAGGUCUGGAGGUCGGGGAUCUGGUGUCACGGUUCUUUCGGGUGGUGUCUAAGGGCCGCAAGGACUACUUAGAGGUAAAUUUGCAAAAUGGCAUUCUGUUUGUGAAUUCACGGAUCGAUCGUGAGGAGCUGUGCGGUCGCAAUCCUGUUUGUAGCAUCCAUCUAGAAGUGAUCGUGGACAAGCCUUUGCAGGUUUUUCAUGUGGAGGUGGAGAUCAAAGACAUUAAUGAUAAUUCUCCAGUGUUCCCAGUGAAGGAACAAAAGCUAUUUAUUCCUGAAUCCAGGCUGUCAGACUCUAGGUUUCCUCUAGAGGGUGCUUCUGACCCCGAUAUUGGAAUUAAUGCCUUACUUACUUAUUCACUAAGCAUCAAUGAUUACUUCAUUCUAGAUGUAAAAUCAAAGAACGAUCAGGAUAAAUUGGUUGAGCUAGUGCUGAAAAAACCCUUAGAUAGAGAGGAAGUUCCUGAGCAUCACUUAAUACUGACAGCCUCAGAUGGAGGCAAACCUGAACUCACAGGCUCCGUGCAACUGCUCAUCUUAGUACUGGAUGUGAACGAUAAUGCCCCCACUUUUGAGAGAUCGGAAUACGAAGUGAAGAUAUUAGAAAAUGCAGCCAAUGGGACUUUAGUGAUCAACUUGAAUGCCUCGGAUGCAGAUGAGGGCACUAAUCAAGAAAUCUUAUACUCUUUCAAUAGCCUUACUCCAUCUGUGAUUAAAGAUAAGUUUCAUAUAAAUCCAGAUACAGGAGAAAUUUCAAUUCAAAGAAAUUUGGACUUCGAAUAUAUAAAUUCAUAUAAAUUUCGAGUUGACGCAAUAGAUAAAGGGAACCUACCUAUGGUUGGACACUGUACUGUUCGAGUGGAAGUACUCGACACCAAUGAUAAUGCCCCGGAAUUAGCAGUGACAUCACUAUCAAUUCCUGUCAGAGAGGACGCUCCUCCAGGCACAGUUAUUGCCCUCAUCAGCGUAUCCGAUCGUGACUCUGGAGUCAACGGACAGUUGACUUGCUCGGUGUCACCGCCCUCACCCUUCACGUUGGUGUCCACUUAUAAGAAUUAUUACUCACUGGUGCUGGAGAGUUCCGUGGACCGCGAGAGCAUGCGGGCCUAUGAACUAGUGGUGACAGCGAGGGAUGGCGGAUCUCCAGCGCUUUGGGCCACCGCCAGCUUGACUAUAGGUAUCGCAGAUGUUAAUGACAACGCGCCUGUCUUCGAGCAGCCUUUGUAUACCUUGUUCGUGAAAGAAAACAACCCGCCAGGCAGUCACAUUUUCACAGUGUCUGCAUCGGACCCAGAUGAUCAGGAGAACGCACUGGUGUCUUACUCUUUAGUGGAGAAGCGGAUGGGGGAACGUCAGUUGUCGAGCUACGUGUCUGUACAUUCAGAGAGUGGAAAAGUGUACGCUUUGCAGCCCUUGGAUCAUGAGGAGCUGGAGCUGCUGCAGUUUCAAGUGAAUGCCCGGGAUGCGGGCUUCCCUCCUCUGAGCAGCAACGUGAGCCUGCAACUGUUCGUACUGGACGAAAACGACAACGCACCGGUUGUGCUGCCGCCUCAUGCUGGCUUUAGCUCAGUGACCGAAACGGUUUCGCGGUCCGUAGCUGCGGGUCAUGUGGUGGCGAAGAUACGGGCUGUGGAUGCUGAUUCAGGAUAUAACGCCUGGCUGUCUUAUGAGCUGCUGUCGGAAGUGGACACCGGACACAGCACUUUCCGGGUAGGUGUGUACACUGGCGAAAUCAGCACUACUCGGUCCCUGGAUGAGUCGGAUGGAUCGAGGCAGACACUCCUUGUACUGGUGAAAGAUCAUGGAGAGCCUUCUUUGAAGGCUACUGCAACAGUGACUGUAUCACUUGUGGAGACUGGGCAGACGUUUAAAGGUCCGUCUUUGGCUUUCAAGGAGCUAGCAAAGACUGGCAUAGGGCAGAAGACACUGGUAGAUGUGAAUGUAUAUCUGAUCAUUGCCAUCUGCUCGGUAUCCAGUCUGUUGGUCUUGAGUCUGCUGCUAUAUGUGGCACUUCGGUGCUCUUCGCCCCCACAGGGUUUUAAUGAGCCUGGGAAGUCGACUGACGUGUGUUCAAACACUGUAAGGAGCUGGUCUUAUUCCCAUCAGCAAAGACAGAGAUUUGCUCAGGGGAGGGCGCUGCCAAGAACGACCUCAUGGCUUUCAGUCCGAAUUUUCCACCAUGUCCAGGUUCUCAAGAAGGAGAACAGACAGAACACGGGCAGAACGUCGGGAAAGUGA